AUGAACGGCUUUGUUAUUCAAAUUGACCAUUCAAAAAAAUAUGAAAAAUAUAACCGAAUCAAAAAGUUAAUUACUUCGAGUGUCAAAGAAGAACGUUUUAUGAUUGAUGAAAACGAAAUUAAGAUUUGUUAUUCUAAUAAGUAUAAUUUCAUACAACACCAGUUGACAACAUUGAACUUUGCUAUAUCCUUUGAAAAUAUUGAUAAAAUUGAUCAAGAUUUUACCAGUUAUAUGGUUAUUAAUAUCCAAGACAAAAUUGAAUUUUGUUCUGAUAGGUUUUCGUCAUACUCAUUAUUAUAUGAAAUAACAGAAGAUAGUAUUAUUAUUAGUAAUUUACAAUGUCCAAAUACUAGUAUACCAAAUGAAUGGUACACAGUAGAUUAUAAGAAUAAACAUAUAGAAAAACAUAAUAAGUAUGGAAAAACAAUUGAACAAUAUUACGCUCACUUAUUUGGUGAAAGAAUGGAACACCCAAUCCAUGACUUAACAACUGCAGUCAAUAAGUUAAAUGAAUUAUUAUCCAAUGCAGUAAAAGAGUGUAUUGACGAUACUAAUAACCCAAUACCAAUACUCUUUAGUGGUGGAAUAGAUAGUAGUCUUAUUGCUUAUUAUACUCUUUUACAUUGUGGAAAUAGAGAAGUUGAACUAUAUAAUGUUUCAUGUUUAUAUGAAAAUACAUAUGAUUCACCUGAUAGGCUUUGUGCUAAAGCAGUAUUAGAAGACCUUAAAAAAUUGUUUCCAACAAAAGUGAUUCAUUUUGUUGAAAUAGAUAUCCAAAAAGAAAUAGGACAAACUUUAUCACAAGAACUUAUUCCAAUUAUAUAUCCUAAUGAUACUGUUAUGGAUCUUUCUAUUGCAACUGCAACUAGUCUAGCAUUAACGCAAGAAGGGCAUUGUGAUACUGGAAAGAAAAAGAGGGUUGUAAGAAGAGUGUUAUGUGGUCAAGGAUCAGACGAACAACUAGGUGGAUAUGGAAGGCAUAGAAAUGCAAAGAAGUGGAAUAAAUUAUCUAAAGAACUUGAAAUGGAUUUUUGUCGUUUGUGGAAUCGAAAUACAGCAAGAGAUAGUCGUGUGAAUGACUACUGUAAUGCGAUAUGUUUUUACCCAUUUCUUAAUAGUGAUCUUAUCCGUUUUAUACGAAAUAUUCCUGAAGAAUUCCUUGUUAAAUUGGAUCUUCCUGAAAAUGAAGGAAAUAAGUGGAUUCUUAGAGAGGUAUCUCGUUCUGUUGGUAUGAUAGCCUGUGCUUCUUUUAAGAAGACAGCAAUUCAAUUUGGCACUCGAAUGGCGAAAUUAUUGAAUAAUGGUAAAAAAGUAAAUGGAGGAGAUAGACUAAGCCAAGAAUAA